GGUCCAGAGGGAGAGACAGAUCCAGGUCCAGGUCCAGGAGACGAGACGGAUCCAGGUCCAGGAGACGGGAGCGAUCUAGAUCCAGAGAGCGGGACUGGAACCCCGACCGCUUCGACAGAAGACGCCACGCUCGAGACUACGAUGAGCGGUGGGGAGGACCGGCGGGAGGACCGCUGGGACGGCCCGGAGGACCGGUCGGACCGGUUUGAGGACCGACCGGACCGGCGGGGCCCCCGGGCCGAGGACCAGCGGCGGCGGGGCCGCUCAUCCUCCCCCCCCGCCAGCCGGGAGCCGGCAGACGAGCCGGCGGUCAAGAAGAAGAAGGAGGAGCUGGACCCCAUCCUGACCCGCACGGGCGGCGCCUAUCCCCCCGCCAAGCUGCGGAUGAUGCAGCAGCAGAUCACCGACAAGAGCAGCCUGGCCUAUCAGAGGAUGAGCUGGGAGGCUCUGAAGAAAUCCAUCAACGGGUUGAUCAACAAGGUCAACGUGUCCAACAUCGUGAUGAUCAUCCAGGAGCUGCUGCAGGAGAACAUCGUGAGGGGGAGGGGUCUGCUGGCCCGCUCCGUCCUGCAGGCUCAGGGAGCGUCUCCGAUCUUCACCCACGUCUACGCCGCCGUCGUCGCCAUCAUCAACUCCAAGUUCCCUCAGAUCGGAGAGUUGAUCCUCAAACGCCUGAUUCUGAGUUUCAGGAGAAGCUACCGCCGCAACCUCAAGCUGCAGUGCCUCACCGCCUCCAAGUUCGUGGCUCAUCUCAUCAACCAGAACGUGGCCCACGAGGUGUUGUGUCUGGAGAUGCUGACUCUGCUGCUGGAACGUCCCACCGACGACAGCGUGGAGGUUUCCAUCUCCUUCCUGAAGGAGUGUGGCCUGAAGCUGAUGGAGGUGUCGCCCCGGGGGAUCAACGCGAUCUUUGAGCGCCUGAGGAACGUGCUGCACGAGUCGUCCAUCGAUAAGAGGGUGCAGUACAUGAUCGAGGUGAUGUUCGCCAUCCGUAAGGACGGGUUCAAGGACCACCCGGUGAUCCCUGAGGGGCUGGACCUGGUGGACGAGGAGGACCAGUUCACCCACAUGCUGCCGCUGGACGACGAGUACAACACGGAGGACGUGAUCAAUGUGUUCAAGUUGGACCCGGACUUCCUGGAGAAUGAGGAGAAGUACAAGACCAUCAAGAGAGACAUCCUGGACGAAGGCAGCAGUGAUUCUGGGGAGGACGGAGACGGCAGUGACGAGGACGGAGACGAGGACGAGGGGAACGAGGACGAGGAGGAAGGUGAGAAGGUCACGAUCUUCGACAAGACCGAGGUCAACCUGGUGGCCUUCAGGAGAACCAUCUACCUGGCCAUCCAGUCCAGCUUGGACUUUGAGGAAUGCGCUCACAAGCUGAUCAAGAUGGAUUUCCCCGACAGCCAGACGAAGGAACUGUGUAACAUGAUCCUGGACUGCUGUGCCCAACAGAGAACCUACGAGAAGUUCUUUGGUCUCCUGGCCGGGAGGUUCUGUCUGCUGAAGAAGGAGUACAUGGAGAGUUUUGAGUGGAUCUUCUCGGAGCAGUACGACACCAUCCACCGUCUGGAGACCAACAAGCUGAGGAACGUGGCCCGACUGUUCGCCCACCUGCUGUACACGGACUCAGUCCCCUGGAGUGUGCUGGAGUGCGUCCGGAUGAGCGAGGAAACCACCACCUCCUCCAGCAGGAUCUUUGUGAAGAUUCUCUUCCAGGAACUUUGUGCUUAUAUGGGACUACCGAGACUCAACCAGCGGCUGAAGGACCCGACUCUGCAGUCGUUCUUUGAAGGUCUCUUUCCUCGUGAUAAUCCCAGAAACACUCGCUUCGCCAUCAACUUCUUCACCUCCAUCGGGCUGGGAGGACUGACGGAUGAGCUGAGGGAACACCUGAAAAACGCUCCCAAGAUGAUCAUGACCCAGAACCAGGAAGUGGAGUCUUCAGACUCUUCCUCCUCCUCAGACUCUUCCUCCUCAGACUCCUCCUCUUCAGACUCCUCCAGCCAAUCAGACUCCUCCGACUCCUCCUCCAGCAGCAGCUCAGACUCUGACGGAAAACACGCAAAGAAGAAGAAGAAGAGGAAAGGAAGAAAGGAGGAGGAGAAAAAGAAGAAGACAGAGAAGGACAAGAAGCAGAAACCUGACAGGAGACGGAACGAACGAAAGGAAGAUGAAGAAGAAGAGGAAGAGGACGGGGGGAUGAGAGCGAAGAGGAAGGAGAGGAAGGAAAAGAAGGAGAGGAAGGAGAGAGGAGGCGGGGAUUUAGAGGAGAGGAGGAAACGGAAGGAGAGAUCAGAGGAGGAGGAGGAGGAGGAGAGGAGACACAUCAUGGACCAACGGAGAGAUGGAGGGAGGGAGAGAGAGAGAGAGAGGGAGCCAGAGAGAGAGAAUGAGCGAGUGAGAGAAAGGGAGAGAGAGCCGGAGAGGGAACGAGUGAGGGAGAGGGAGAGGGAGAGAGAGAGGGAGCCAGAGAGAGAGAAGGGGCGAGCGAGGGAGAGGGAGCCGGAGAGAGAGAAUGAGCGAGUGAGGGAGAGGGAGAGAGAGCCAGAGAGGGAACGAGUGAGGGAGAGGGAGAGGGAGAGAGAGAGGGAGCCAGAGAGAGAGAAGGGGCGAGCGAGGGAGAGGGAGCCGGAGAGAGAGAAUGAGCGAGUGAGGGAGAGGGAGAGAGAGAGGGAGCCGGAGAGAGAGAAUGAGCGAGUGAGGGAGAGAGAGAGGGAGCCGGAGAGAGAGAAGGGACGAGCGAGGGAGAGAGAGAGAGAGCCCGAGAGAGAGAAGGGGCGAGAGAGGGAGAGGGAGAAUGGCGAGAGGAGAGAGAGGAAUAAAGAAAACAGAGACCGGAACAGAGAGGAGCGGAGGAGGAGAUGAACCUCAUCCCUCCAUCCUGCAGCUGAUACGUCUCUCUUUCUCUCUCUCUUUCUCUCGUUCUUUAGGGAUCCCUUUUCUUUUUUUCUUUGAAGAAAAUUGUUUUUAGAUGUUUUGUUUCAGUCAACUUAUAAAACUGUUUUUUAUGGCGUCAAGAUUUGUGUUUUUCUGGGGAAAAGUUGUGAGAACAAAAACUGUUAACAGUUAAAGAUUAAAACAUGUCGGCAUUUUACAAGAUUUCUGUAUUUUUCUUUAUUGCACUCUGAAUAUUAAACUUUGUUAAAGUCCUAAAGUCCCGUUUUUUUGUCUGUAUCGUUUCUGUCCUGUUGGGGUUAAUUGUUUUAC